AUGGAGAAGGGCCCCGACUUCCAUCUCGCCUCUGGCUCAGAGUCGCCAGAGAAAUUCCCAAAUGACUAUAGCGAGGCCAACAAGAUCGAGGCUCGACGAGGCUCCAAGGUCAACGAAGCCACCGAUAUCUUCGGCGACAUCGCCACUGCUGAGGAAUAUGGCUAUGUCUCGCGAGGUCUCAAAUCUCGUCACAUCCAGUUCAUUGCACUCGGCGGCACCAUCGGUACCGGUCUGUUCUUGGGUAUCGGCCGUGCCUUCCUUCAAGCCGGCCCGCUGUCGGUCCUCCUUGGCUAUACCUUCACUGGUCUGGCUGUCUUCGCCAUGAUGAUGUCCCUGGGUGAGAUGGCCACAUGGCUUCCGCUCCCUGGUGCCAUCCCACAAUUCUGCGCUCGUUAUGUCGAUGAUGCCAUGGGCUUUGCUGUUGGCUGGAACAACUGGUACUCCUGCGCCAUCACUCUCUGCGCCGAAAUCUCUGCAGCGUCCAGCGUCAUCCAGUUCUGGCACGGCGCUCGUGACAUCAACGUGGCAGCAUGGAUCUCGAUCAUUAUCGUGCUGGUCUUGGCCCUGAACAUUUUUGCCGUCUCCAUUUACGGUGAAGCCGAGUUCGUCUUCGCCUCCAUCAAGAUCAUCACCAUCCUGGGUCUGCUCAUACUGGCCCUCAUCAUUGAUUGCGGAGGGGUCCCCGGGCAACACCGUCUCGGCUUCCAAUACUGGAACAACCCCGGUGCCAUGAAAGAAUACAUUGCCUCCGGCAGCACUGGUCGUUUCCUCGGUCUCUGGUCCACCCUCGUCAACGCCGCUUUCUCGUACGGUGGUGUCGAAAUGGUGGCCGUUGCCGCUGGUGAGGCUGAGGACCCUCGUCGAAACAUCCCCAAGGCCGUCCGCCGAGUCUUCUGGCGUAUCCUUUUCUUCUACGUCCUGGGCUCUCUGGCAAUCGGCGUCUUGGUCCCGUACAACGACCCCAAUCUUCUGAACGCUCGCAAAAAUGGAGCGCCCGGUGCCGCUCAAUCCCCAUGGGUCAUUGCCAUCAACCGCGCCGGUAUCGAUGCUCUUCCAUCCAUCAUCAACGCUGUCAUCUUGACAUCCGCUUCUUCGUCAGCCAACGCCUUCUUGUACACCGGUUCUCGAUACCUGUACGGUAUUGCGCAAAUUCGUCAAGCACCCCGAUUCCUGCUCAAGUGCACAAAGACCGGUGUCCCGGUGUGGUGUGUACUAGUCACCUGGUCAAUUUCUUUCCUGACCUACAUGUCUUGCUCUUCCGGCUCCAAUACCGUCUUCACGUGGUUCCAGAACUUGACCACAAUCUCGACACUCUUCACGUGGGUCAGCAUCUGCAUUGCUUACCUCCGCUUUUACUAUGCCUGCCAUGCCCAAGGCAUCAACCGCAACGAGUUGCCCUUCAAGUCUCCCUUGCAACCAUAUCUUGGUUACGCCUCUGCAAUCUUCUUCGGCCUGAUCAUCUUCUUCAAUGGCUUUGAUUCCAUUGCAGGGACUUGGGACUACCAGGCUUUUAUCACCGAUUAUAUCGGAGUGCCGAUCUAUUUCGGCCUGUACUUGUUCUGGAGGAUCUUCAAGCGCACGCACUUCCGUAAGGCGGCCGAGGCCGAUCUGUACACGGGCAAGGCCGCGCUGGAUGCCAUAGUGUGGCCUGAACGUAAGCCGAGAAACAUCAUCGAGAGGAUCUGGUUUUGGAUCGCAUAA